GCUUCUUCAACGACAACAGCUAGUCAGACACCUCGGUAGCUUUCUAGCAAACACAGCUACAACAUUCACCCUCUUUACACUGUUUUGGUGUAUAUUAGUCGCUGUGUAUUAAACACAUUUCUGUCGUAUGUACUUGUUGGCCCAUUUAAUUAUAUAUUUACGUUGUUUGUCAGCUAGCUGGUUUGCUAAGUUAGCUUAGAACUAGGCUAGUCGCUAAUGCUAACUAGCUAACAUCCCCGACCAUGAGUUCACUAAGUUACUCUCCUCCUGAUAAAGAUGAGGAGGUCUGCUGGACGGAGAAAGAAGCUUUCGUCAAAGAGGAGGAGGAAGAGAAGGAUGUUACAAUACAAAAACAAGUAGAGGGUGAGGCUGUUACAGGGAAAGAAGAAGAGAAAGACGUUACAGUGAAAGAAGAGGAAGACGCGUUCAGAGUGAAAGAGGAGGAAGAGAAAGAGGAGGAUGUAGUUUUUGGUGUGAAAGAAGAGGAGGUUGGAGAUCUGUUUAACACCAGAGAGAUACGGGACUACCGUGGAUCCUCUGGGGAGCCUCAACAACAACAUGAUGCUGAAGAGGCAGAGAAGAGUCUCUCCCGAUCAGAACACCUCAAGAAACACCCGCAGAGAUCCACAGGGAAGAAAUCUCACUUCUGCUCUGACUGUGGGAAAGGUUGCAAAUCUUCAUCAGAACUUAAAAUACAUCAAAGAAUUCACACAAGAGAGAAACCAUAUAGCUGUGGUCAAUGUGGGAAGAGUUUUGCUAAAUCCAGCCAUCUGACUCAACACCAGAGAACACACACAGGAGAGAAACCUUAUAGCUGUGGUCAAUGUGGGAAGAGUUUUGCUCAAUCCAUCCAGCUGAUUGUACACCAGAGAACACACACAGGAGAGAAACCUUAUAGCUGUGGUCAAUGCGGGAAGAGUUUUUCUUCUUCUGGCUAUCUAACUAUACACCAGAGAACACACACAGGAGAGAAACCGUAUAGCUGUGAUCAAUGUGGGAAGAGUUUUUCUACUUCUAGCUAUCUAACUAUACACCAUAGAACACACACAGGAGAGAAACCUCUUAGCUGUGACCAGAGAUAAUCUGAUAAAAGAUCCCUGAUCAAAUAUCAGAAAAUGUAUAUAUGAAGGAGUUGUUUCAUGAUAUCAAUGAAUUAAUGUCACAAUGUAGAAUGUUUUAACAUUGUAGUGGGAGUAGUUUAAUGAUGUCACAAUGUAGAAUGUUUUAACAUUGUAGUAGGAGUAUUUUAAUGUCUCAAUGUAGAAUGUUUUAAUAUAUAGUAUAUUAAUAUACUCUGCAGUCAGUCAGUCAGAAUGUCACAAUGUAGAACCCUAAACGUUUGCCCCCUUAUCAAUUGAUUUCAACAUGAUAUGGAUAUUAGGCUCAUUGGGGGAAAUCAAGGCUCUGAAUUGAAAGAGUACUAUUUAUGUGAUUUAACACAAAGUGACUAACAAAUAAAGAUUUGUCCUCUAACCAGUGAUGUACGCAUUUUUCCCAGAAUCAACUGAUUUCAACAUAAUAUCGAUGAGUUAUGACAAAUAAGUGUUGUGUUCCUUUGUUUAGUGACCCCUAAAUUUAAAUGCAUCACUCCAAUAUGUAGCUGACUGUCUUCUGCAGGUUGUCCUCUUAUCAGUGAGGUAAAAGAUAUCUUCCAUUUCCAUGUUGUUAUUUUUUUGUUAGUUUCAACAGCACGUACAACCGGAUUUCCCCCCUAAUCGAUAUCAGUGAUUUAUUGCUACUUGUCAAAACAACAGCGUUUUUGGUGCUUGUGCAGUUUAUAAGGAGCUUGUUUAAAAAAAAUACAAUUAUUGUGGCAGAUGUUUGUGUAAAUAGCACAUGUUAGGUUUUCAAUUUAUCCCAAACUGUUUCUGCAUAUUGGUUAUUGAUUUGGACACGUUAAAACUGUGUUUUGACAUUGGGCUAUACCACCUAGCAAAAUGUAAUUGAAAAGCCGUUGAAAAUAAUACUAUGCAAUUAAAUAUUUCAUAUUAACAUUUCAUGUAACAUUUAGUAAUGAAAAUUAUUCAUGCAACCAACUGACAAUUUUUUGGGUACAAUUAUAUUGACAUUGUUGCCCUGUUUUUAGAAUAUCAGGGUUCAUUCUCAGAUGUGCCAAACCAAAUGUACUAGAGCAUGACAUUGGGGACUGGGCCCCGAUCCAUCAACAUUCCUAUCUAGUGAACCCUGAAAAGAGAGAGAAGCUCUGCAGUGAAGUGGAAAGUUACUACAGAUAGUGCAGGAGUUUCCUCUUGAAAUCAGACAUGUCCGUGUUAAGUACAACUUGGUUGCUGAUUGUCUCAAGAAUGGGCAGUCAAAAAGAUUUGUGUUUUGCGUUUAGCCAUUGCGUUGCCAUGGAUCACAAUUUAUUUUGACUGCACGUUUUUCCGUAUUGGAGAUGAGUUUUGUUUGGGCUCGUUCCAAGAGUACAAGAGUUCUAGAAGCUGGUGAGUUUUAGGAAGACGAGAGUUCUAGAAGCUAGUGAGUUUUAGGAAGACAAGAGUUCUAGAAGCUAUUGAGUUCUAGGAUUCUAUAGAAUGAAAAAGAAGAAAAAAUAAUACGAUUGUAUAUUAUUAUUUAGAAUUACGUGUUUUUUCUUGUUUUUAAUUGUUGACAGCCAGUAGACACUAUGUUAAUAUUGUAGAAGGUGAAGCAUUGUAGUUGAUUAUGUGAAAUGGAAGUUGUUUUCAGUUGGUGGUGGGCAAACUUGUCCAACAAAAACAUAGGAUAUAUUUGUUGUCUUCAGGGGAAAGGUGUUCCAGGCUUUCGUUUUUCCAUUUAUGUUUUGAGGUUGGACUUUAGCACGUAUAGCUCGUUAGCACGUAGGACGCACUGAUUGGUGUCACCUCAUUAGUCAGUAUGUGUAACACCAGUUCUUUUGUUUACCUCUUCUUGGGCAGAUUUAGUUGGUCUCAUGGUGGGUGUCUUUUUUCGGUCCCAGUUGUUGUUACUAGUCAAUUGUCAGUGGACACCCCUAUAGUGACUUUCAGAGCCCCUCCUAAAAAAAAAAAAAAAGAAUUGGGGGAUGGAUAUUGCAUCCAAUUAAUAUUUUAGUCAAUGGCAUUUCCUUAGGGUGCUCAUUAGUCUUUCAGUUGUUAGUCUUCUGUUUAUUUCAUUUUUUUAUUUGUUUUUUUCCUGUGAAGCCAUUGUGUUGCAUCCAUGUCUGAAAUGUGCUGUAUAAAUAAAGCUUGAUUUGAUUUCAACAAAUGAACCCAAUGACUGACCAAUCAACAGACUCGAUCCAACAACAUGCCUAUCAAGAUAUUGCAGGAGUUUGCUCUUGAAAUCAGACAUGACUAAUACAAUUUGAUUUGAGGGGACGAGAGUUCUAGAAGCUAGUGAGUUUUAGGAAGACGAGAGUUCUAAAAGAUAGUGAGUUUUAGGAUUCUAUAGAAAGAAAAAUGAUUUAAAAAACAAUAUGAUUGUUUAUUAUUAUUUCAGAAAUACGUGUUUUUAAUUGUCAGCCAGUAGACACCAUGUUUAUAUUGUAGAAGGUGAAGCAUUGUAGUUGAUAAUAAUGUGAAAUGGAAGUUGUUUUCUGUUGGUGGUGAGCAAACUUGUCCAACAAAAAUAUAAGAUAUUUGUUGUCUUAAAGGGGAAGGUUUUACAGGCUUUGGUUUUUGCAUUUAUGUUUUGAGGUUGGAUUUUAACACUUCAGCAAGUAUAGCUCGUCAGCACAUACUGAUUGGUGCCCCCUCGUUAGUCAGUAUGUGUUACACCUGUGCUGGCUUGUCCAUCUCGUUAGUGGGAAGGUGUUUCACCUGAGCUGGUCCGGGUUCUAUUUAAGAGUGUCUGGCCCAGUGCUCCAGUUGUCUUGAUAGAUGUGGAGAGUCAACACCUUUUUGGUUUGCUUUCUGUCUUUAAGUUUGGUGUGGGUUUUUUCUUUUGUUUGCCUCUUCUUGGGCAGAUUUUGUGAGUCUCAUGGUGGGUGUCUUUUAGGUCCCAGUUGUUGUUACUAGUCAACUUUCAGUGACACUGAGAGCAAAACUGCAACAUUAUGUUAUAAUACUUUUAUUGCAUCAAAUGGUUGUUUUAUGCAACAGAAUAGAGGGUUCUUAGAACAAUAGAGUCUGUGUGUUCUACUGAGGAUGGGCCUCAAAGAGAAAACAUUGACAGGAGAUUUACAAUGUCUUUUGGGUGAUUAAAACCUAAAGAGACCACAUUCCAGGGCAUGAGUUAAUGUUUCUGUUCUAUAUGGUACCAGGGAGAGAUGAACCCCUCCUAAAAAAAAGAUACCUUGAAUUUUGCAUUGCAACCAUUUAAUAUUUUAAUCAAUGGCAUUUCCUUAGGCUGCUCAUUAGUCUUUCAGUUGUUAGUCUUCUGUUUGUUGUGUACUAAAUAUUUCAUUUUCUUAAUUUGUUUUUUCUUGUGAAGCCAUUGUGCUGCAUCCAUGUCUGAAAUGUGCGGUAUAAAUAAAGCUUGAUUUGAUUUCAACAAAUGAA